AUGGUGUGCACCAGUGAUGGAUUUGUGGGACACCAUGACAACCAGCUGAAUCCUCAAGUGACAGUGAGGGCUGCAGGGCCACCAGCACCAGCACCACCACCACCACCACCACCACCACCACCACUACUUCUGUUUCCGCCUCUGCCUCCCCCCACAGUACCUGUCCCAGCCUUGCAGGGGGUCCCUGCUGCAGGGGCAGACCCACCCUCCUUGUGGAUGCCACUGCCUCUUUCCUCUCCUGCAGGGUUCAACUUCCUGGUGCCUGAUACUAGGCCUUCCCACUAUUCUUCACUGCCACUGGCAAUUCUGCCACUGUCUUUGCCGGCACCUUCAGGUCCUUCAAAACUGACUCCUCUGGCAAGCCUGAACGUGCGGCUUUUGCCUUCACCACUGGCACAGUUGUGCCAUGUUAAGGGACUGGAUGUCGAGAUGCUAUCUGUGCCCUUGUAA